AUGGUUCGCUCCACAGAGACUCCGCAACCUAGGGUGUAUUUGGCCUUCAUCCAACGAUUCUGGAACUCACCAGGCGAAAAUUCGCUCAAGACGACGCUCAUUGUCGCGCCAAGGAACCCAAGGCCGGGGCGGGACAUCUGUCGGUACUUCACCGCGGACGAAGAUGUCAUGCCCGGAGAGACCCACGUACAAGAAUACGACUACCAAGAUAUCCGUGUGUUCCCCAGGGAGCUCAAGGCGUGUGUCCUUUUGGGAGAGCUAUACCCCAGGAUUGCGUUUGAGCAGCUCACCGGGCUAUGCAGGCGAGUGUCUCUCGCGGGACAUGACCGCAAGCGGCAAUCCGAGGACUGGGCGGUGGAUGUGGUCGAGGCGUUUGUUGAUGCAAAUCUCCUCCCGCCGCCCGUACUGGAUGUUCGGAACAUAUGGCGUGCGGGAUGGCGCUUUGCCUACACCGCUGGGGCAUUCGAUAUAUCGCCUUUGGUGCCUGUCUGCGACAUUUACGGCCGCAUAUUUCCUUCCGAGUUGAGAUGGCCUGAUGAAGAGCCGAGAAGAACUUGUGAAGAGUUUGGGCCAGAACCGUCCUUAGAUUUGUAG